UGCUCCUUUUAUUUGACAAAACCCUAAUCUUAACCCUCUGGAGAUUUUCAACCUCUGCAGCCCAAGCAGAGAACGACUGCAAGGAGACUACGUUGAAUUUCAUAGUAUCAAAAUUAGAAGUCAGAAUGCAGUCCAGCAAAGCCCCUGCACCAAUGGAAGUUGAAAUAGCUCCACGUGAACAGAAGUCUGAGGGCACUUUGCCUGCAAAGCCAAAGUUUGAGCCUUUGAAAGCUCAUGAAAUGUCUGAUGGUCGAGUUCAGUUUAGAAAAGUCUCAGUCCCGUCGCAUCGGUAUUCGCCCCUUAAAAAAGCAUGGAUGGAAAUAUACACUCCUGUAUAUGAGCAAAUGAAGAUUGAUAUCCGUAUGAACCUCAAAGCCAGAAAGGUUGAAUUGAAAACUAGAUCAGACACACCUGACGUAAGUAACCUACAAAAGUGUGCAGAUUUUGUGCAUGCUUUCAUGUUAGGUUUUGAUGUGAUAGAUGCCAUUGCUCUUUUGCGUUUGGAUGAGCUCUAUGUUGAAUCUUUUGAAAUUAAGGAUGUUAAAACACUACGAGGUGAGCAUUUGUCUCGGGCCAUUGGGAGAUUGUCUGGUAAGGGUGGCAAAACAAAGUUUGCCAUUGAAAAUGCUACCAAGACAAGGAUUGUGAUUGCCGACACCAAGAUUCACAUAUUAGGAUCUUUUCAAAAUAUCAAAGUUGCGAGGGAUUCUCUUUGCAGCCUCAUUUUAGGGUCCCCUGCUGGAAAGGUAUACUCAAAACUUAGACAAGUUACGGCUAGAUUGGCAGAGAGAUUUUAAUCAUUUUUGUGGUGCUGCUGAGUACCAUAGUGUAAUUCGGCAUGAAAUUUUUGGGUGGGGAUGUCGUAUCAGCUGUCAAAAACCAAGGAAUUCAUUUUCGUUUUGUACUUGCAAUGGAUUUAACUUCAUUUACGCUUAUUCCUAUGCCAAUGGUUGUUUUUGUACCAAUGAUUUUGCUGUUAACAGCUUAACGCUAUUCAGUUUAAGCUUGCUGCUUGAACUAUUCGUAGUGCAUUACUGUUGAUAUGGCCUAUCUUAGAACAAUAAAUCAUCAAGUAUCUAUCUCUUUUUUUCC